AGUUGCAAAGACCAGUUUUUUAUAGCGGGAAAAUUCCCCAGAAUUGUCAUAACCUAAGAGGUGGAUCAUCUCAGAGAGAAUCAUCAUUCUCAAGCUUCUUGCUUGAUUCCAGAAAACUAAGGAAGCGUUUGUUUGCGAUGGAGAGUGUGAAGAAGAAGAAGAUGAAGAGAGGAGACAUGGUGUGGGUCAGAUUCCCCUUCUGCCCUCGCAAAUGGCUUCCCGCGUUGGUUCUUUCUUCCGACAACCUUGGCCUCAAUGUCACCUGUUCCUUCUCCUACACCAAAAAAGACACCGUUUUCCCCUCCUCCUACGUCUCCCACUCCGAGAUUCUCCCCUUCGAGGAAGCGUUCCCCUUUAUCGCUAAGCGCGACGAAGUUGAUUUGCCGCUGCUUCAUUCCGCGCUACGCUUCUUCGGCCGGAGAAUCAUUUCCGGGCUGCGUUGUCGGUGUCUGACGGGCCUUGAUGGGCCGGACUGUUCUUCCGGGUUUGAUCCGACUGAGGUUUUGGGCUUUGUUUUGGACGCCGCCGUUUCGCCGUCGGUCGAACUCCCAUCUUUCGCACGUGCUGUUAGAGUCGUUGCUCAGGUUCACGCUUAUCGGAGCUGUUGUUCUUUAAAGCACAAGAAACUUUACAAAGAAACUAAAAUCGCAGGUGAUAAAUUGAAGCUGAUUCCAAGUUCAAUUUUGGGUCAGAAGAGGCAUUUAGUUACUCAAGAAUCUGUUGCUUUGGAAUCCCUGGUAAAAUGUCAGAUCGUAUCCAAAAACCAACAGUCAAAGAAAGUUCUUGGUGCUAUGAAGAGAUUGAUCUCAACGGUUCCAGUUUGGGAAGUAAAGUCUGCACAGUUGUUUUUUAAUAGACAUCCGAUUAUUUCAGAGAGUUUUAUAGACUGUCCUUCUUUAGAGCCACUUUACAUGCUGCUAGAAAGACUAAAAUCUUCAAGGCAGAGCCUUCUGGGAUUCAAAAAGAUAUCAGACCGGGGCUUAGUUGAUAUCUCCUUUGAAAACAUUGAUACUAUGAGUAAAACUCACAUCUUAGUUCCUUCCAAUUUUAUGAUUCAUUUGAGAAACUAUAUUGAUGAAAGAGAAGACAAUGGCCAGGAGCUUUGCUGGAGAUUGCCUGACAAAGACAUCAUUGUAUACCUUAACAGGAAAAGAAGGCGACUAGAUAAAUCAGCUUCAUGUCAUGUUUUGCCUCAAACUAGUGGAGUUCAAGAAAGUGAAAGGGAUGCAUACAUUCUAAAACAUACCAGACCACGGAUCUCAGACAUUAAGAUGCCUGAACCAGAAGGAAGUAUCCAGAAAGGCAUUCAGGCCUCAACGUACGUUUGUGAAACAAAUGUGAACUUCACUGACAAGGCUCGGAAAGUGGAUUCUACAAGAAGUCAAAACUGUGAAUCAUUGUCUAACUUGGCGUUUGACUUCCAUUCUGAUAAUUGUGAGGUUGAUGCUGGUGCAGCAAAAGGUAAAGGUAUUCUAGGAUCUGACUCAUCUCUUUACCAAGAAAGUCUGCAAAUGAGUUGCAAUAGUGUUACAACGACUCCCAGUUCAGAAAAGUCUGAAGGAACGGAAUUAUUUUCUGAGGGUUGUUUGGUAGAGGGUAAGGAUCGCUUCCAAGGUGUUGCUUCUUCGAAAUUCAAUUCAAAAGCUGGACAGUUAUCAAGAACGCAUGUCCCCUCUUGUUGUAAAUCCCUUCACAUGAAGUUCCCCAAGAAUUUCAACCUUCCAUCCAAGGAAGAGUUACUAAAAAAGUUUAGUGUAGUUGGUUCGGUAGAUUCCUCUAAAACGAGAGUCUUUUUCUACUGUGGCUCGGCUGAGGUGUGCUUUUUACAAGAAGGUGUUGCAGUUGCUGCAUAUAAAUAUGCCAAAAGGAAGGCCUUGUUUGGUACGGCUAAAGUCCAGUUUUGGCUUGACCCUUUUGAGCCCAAAAGAAGAGGGUUCCAGCGUUCUGCUCACGUGCCCUUACUGAAAUCAUGUCUGAAAAAAUCCAAUACAUUGAGAAAGGAAAGCCGAAAGAAAGAACGCAGAGUAAGAUUUGAGUGUUGUGCUCAUGUGCCCCCAUUAGCUAGUAAACAAACAGGACCACCACUGAAAUCAUGUCUGAAAAAUUCCAGUACCUUAGGCAAGGAUAGCAGAAAGAAACAACGCAGAGUAAGAUUCACAAUAGUUACUUAGUUGACAUGAAUUUACUGAAUGAAGAAUGUCAUAACGUAUUUAACUA